AUGAGAAGCACACGCCGAGAGCCGCGGGAUGUCCCGCUGCAAUGUGCAGCUUGGAAAUGACAAGUUGGGGGAAUCCUGGGCAGACCGGAGCAUCAGUGCAGAGGGCUCUGUAACCAAACAGCCCCCGGGAGGCUGGGACAGCUCUCUCUGUCUCUGUCUCUGCUCCUUGCCCAGUGGACAGGGGGUUUGGGUGACAGGGCUGUGUGUGUGUGUAUUGGAUAGAGCUGGAGGCUGGAUACAGGCUGUAUUCCUGGAGCGCAGAGCGGACCCAGAGACUGGAAGCGAAGUGAGAGAGCCAGCUACCUGCACGAUGCUACUCCCCACCGUCUCCCUCCUCCUGAGGCUUCUCGAUUAUGUCCUCACCAAUGAAAUUCCAACUCAAGAUGGCUGCCUGUCCGCACUCGCUCAGUGCAAGUUAGAUCCCGGGUGCAUCCCGAAAUUCCGCAUCUUGUGGCGGUGCGCAGCUCAUCAUGGGGUUGAGCCCUUCCAGCUGGCUGCCAGGAACGAUUGCCUGAUUGCUGCCCUCGCUCUUCAAUCCAAUCAGCUCUUCACGUGCAAGUGCCAAAGAGGGAUGAAGAAGGAGAAGAAUUGUCUCCGGAUUUACUGGACCAUGCACCAAAGCCGCGUCACUGGUUACGAUGAUUUGGAAGCAUCACCCUAUGAGUACUCAAUGCCUGGCCCAUCCUGGGGCUUGGACUACGGUAGACAUGCCUCUUUGGUGUCAGAAGGACCCAAAGUUCAGGCACUUUCCAAUGUUAACCAUUGCUUAGACGCUGCUCAAGCGUGCAACGUCGAUGAGACUUGUAAACUGUUCCGCACCGAAUAUGCCAAGAACUGCCUCAAACCGGCCAACAGGCAUGGCUGCAACAGACCUAAGUGUCGCAAAAGUCUUCGUCGUUUCUUCAACUUUGUGCCAGAGGAGUAUAAAUACCCAUUCCUCUUCUGCCCGUGCGACGACAGUGUAUGUGCCGAGCGUAGACGCCAGACCAUUGUCCCGAGCUGUUCCUUUGAGGAACCGGAUAAACAAAACUGUCUGGGUCUGAAGGACGCGUGUGAGGCGGACUCCAUUUGCAAAGCCCGACUGGUGGACUUUCAGAUUAACUGCCAACCAUCCAAGAAAUCUGCCAGCCACUGUUUCCUAGAGAAUUAUAACGCUUGUCUCCAGUCUUACACCGGCCUCAUUGGCACUGCCCUAACACCAAACUAUGUAAGUAACGCCAGCUUCGACAUCUCUAUAUGGUGCACAUGUGUCAACAGUGGGAACCAACAUGAAGAGUGUGAGACCCUACUGAACCUUUUCACAAGCAACGACUGUCUCAGAAAUUCUAUAAAUUCAUACAUCAGCUCUUUGCCGUUUCAUCUAUCAGACAGCAAGCAGCCUGCACUGACGUCCACUCAACAGUUCUACUUCAGGUUCCCAGACAAAGAUGGGUCGCGUGUUGAUGACAAAUUAAACAAGGACGAGGACUGCGAUUCUGGAGGCAAUCUCAAGGUUUCUCAGGAUAAGUUGCUGCCUGGACAAAUUACUAAUUGCAAGGUGAAUUCGGGAGCUGCUCCCCAGAGCUUCUCUAUAGCUUGCACCAUCACGUCACUCUAUAUCUUCAUGGCCAUUACAGAGAACGCCAUUUGAAAGGACAUAACCAAGACUUCAUAACAAAACAGAAGUGGACACUUCUCCUUUUCGCAAGCUCCCUCAAAAAUACAAAUGCUUCGAAAAGAAAAGAAACGCUUGAGAUACAACUUGAACUGAGAAAAUAGUUUGUUGAAAUAUUCAGCGACUGGUCUUCUUGCAUUAAUUGGAA